UAUUCCAGUUGCUCUCACUGGCUCCCACAGCAGAUUUGCAUCUGUGCAACAGGCUGCUGGAGCUGAACCUCCCCUGUGCAUGAAAAGCCUCUGCAGACAUGGCUGGUAAGGUCCAAGCUCUGACUGAAGAGGAGAGGGCCCACAUACUCCCCCUGCUACGCAACGCUCAGUGGGUGGAGGUCGUUGGACGAGAUGCUAUUUACAAAGAGUUUAUUUUCAAAGACUUCAAUCAGGCUUUUGGCUUCAUGUCCAGAGUGGCUUUACAUGCAGAGAAAUUGGACCAUCAUCCUGAGUGGUUCAAUGUCUAUAAUAAGGUCCAGAUAACUCUCAGCACGCAUGACUGUGGAGGGCUGUCCCAACGUGACAUCUCUUUGGCCACCUUGAUUGACCAGGCAUCUCUAAUGCCCAUUCCUGCCAGAGCGCAAUGGAGCGAUGCUCCGCCAAGUUCUGAACAAGCGAAGAAAUAAAAUACUGUAAUUGAACUAAUCUGGCUUAAAUUUAAACGUCAUUAAAGAAUAUCUAAUGAUCCAAUAAACCAAACUGUAUGGUCAAAGCUAUAAAACUGAUAUUUGCAGCUUAUUGCGUAUCUGUUUGGAGUUCCCAGUCAAACUUUUUUUGGGUGGCAGCAUCGUAUAAAUCGUACAUACACGAUUUACUAAGCGCAUGUGUAUACAAUUAACUUCAAACUGCGCUGAAAUUAAUACCGGGAACACGUCUGACAGUAACUGUGU